UAAAGCCAGUGAUCAAAAAAAAAAAAUUCACUAAAGCCAUAAAUCUUCCUCUCUCUCUCAUCAGAACUAUUUAACUCCCUUUCCCUUUUUACGUUUUUCUCCUGAUAGAUGGGUUUCUCGGACGCUGGAAUUUGUCUCUCCGAUCAAAAGAAUCUCGGCGAAACCGAAAUAGGGCUCCUUCGUGUACCCUCUAUAGGGUUUUCAGACCGAAGCGUUCAGGUAUUCCGUCCAGAUCAAGAUCUUGAAACCAAAGUCCGAGAACUAACUAAUUGCUCACAUGAAGGAGUAAAGAAUGAGGAAGAAGAAGAAUUAUGUAAGACUCCAACACGCCUGGACCAGAUUCUCCCAAAUAUUCCAAAUAUUUGUCCGCCGGCGCCGAGGAAGCCUAAGGGAAUCCAGUCAAGAAGCUUGAAGGUUCGAGAUUCUUAUAAAAGCAGGAGAAUGAUCAUUCUGAAUGUUUCUAGAGAGAUUGAUUGUAUGUUUCAUUCAGCAUCUCUCGGUAACAAAAUUAAGAAAGCCAGACAUAUUUGAUGUUACAUACGUAUAUGCAUAACGUAGCUACAUAUAAUUAACCAAAUGGUAAUAAACUACGUGUUAUGUAAUGUUGUGAGAUGCUAUUUCAGUUUUAUUUAUUUGUUAAAAAUCUUGUUUUUC